AAAUACAUGUAACCAAGACUGGCGGUCCGGAACCCGCACCAAACAGGACCGAAGUUGGCCCAAAAAACAAGCCCAACAUCAUCGCAAACAGAAACAAUAUUCCAUUAUGACAUUCCCGAUGACAGAAUCAAAGAUUUCAGAACAAUGGAGAACAGCAACAGUACCAGCAUCAUAUCUCGCGAGAAGCUGGACCAGGUCACCAGCUGGGUCGGCGCCACCGUGGCCUCUGCCUUUUUUGCCUCGCUCAAGCGCUUCUCCUGCGUCAAUCUCACCACCACCGACGCCGACGCUGACGUCGACAACGACAACGACAACGACAACGACGAUCCCCUGGAGGCCAAGGACAGUCCGCUCCUUCAAUCCUGAUCCCCGCCAUUGGGGCUUUGUUCGGUAUUUAUUCAGAUUUAUGUAGUUUACAUGCCUCUGCAUUUUAGGGUGCGAUUUGCCUAAACUUGUCAUCGAAUUUACAGGUAGCAAAGCUUAAAUUAUAAAUUCGUUGUGUUGAUGUAACUUCAAAUUUCAACGCUUUACUCGUGCUUUAUGUUCCCGUUUGAGUUCUGUAUAUGCAAAAUCCGAAAUUGUUUCUUGUUUAAUUGGUAUUAGAGGACCUGGUGAUGCUUGCUUGUGUUGGACACUUGGUUUGUUGUGGAAUAAAAUCUAUUGUGGUUGUGUGCUAUUAAAUUUAGCUGAUUAUAUUCUUAUGUUGGUUAAUUUAUGGCAUCUUCCUUUUUACUCGGAGUUGUUUUACAUUUGCAUUUCAAUUUGCUGUAUUUGGGUGGGUUUUUCAGAAAAUUUGUGUCAGCUGGAUCUGUGCCAUAGGUAUUGAAUUCAUGGUUUAUAAUGGCGAAUCCACUGUAACUGAUUAAUGUCAAAAUCCUUACCAUGCAUCUGACUUAUAUAAGGUAUGGUGCCGGUUUCUUCUCUUUAUUUUUGGUCACUAGAAAUGCUUCAAAUAAAUGUUUAACGGGGUAUAAGUCACAUACAAUCUUAGAAAGAAUUUUAAUUUUUGUUGGAGUUUCUCUGUUGUGAUAUUGUGGUACUAAUAACUCUAUACUUUUGGCUCAGCUUGCAUGACUGUAGCAAGAUGAAAUGCUGGUCUUGUUCUCAAUUCAUAGUCAGUUUGGUCUUGAUUUCAACCUUAUUGCUUAGAUUAGGAGUGUUGUUAAUUCUUGUUGGUUUGUGCUGGUAAUAACAUUAUAUGGAGGAU